AUGUUAAACGUCCUUAAUGGCACGUGCUGCGGCACUGUUAAUAGUUGCAAUGAGGCGAAUGUUUGUGCAACGGAUGACGAACGCAAGAAUUUGCCUUUUCAGGCAGUGCGCUUAUAUGGCAUCCACGAGCGUACAGAAGAAGACCCAGGAAAUCAAUUGGUUGGGACGCGAUGUUCUCUGUCGAGGCUUCGCGCCAUUCCAGAGCAGCAGAGCCUUCGUUUCGCUGUGUCGUGA